GUCGGGCAAAUUCAAAUUAUUUACUUACAUUUUGUACCGUAUCCUAACAAACAAAUAGACCGACAGAGUUACCAUAUGUGAAUAAAUGAUGCAUAUCAGCUAUUGUCAGUUUUGCUGUUCUCCUGGCAACGGAUUAUUACAAUAGUUUUGUCUACAGCCUUCAACUCGAUGUACAAAGAUCACUGGAUCAUUUAGCUACGUAAUGAACACGAGUGAAAUGUCACGGUGUUGCGAUAUGAAGAAACACACCGACUUUGGUGACUCCUUCUGGAAUUUUGGAAAAGAGCAGGACUUCAAGCCUCACGUUAGACACGCUGAGCCUAUUCUCACUGAAUGUGACCUUGACUGGAAAUCCCAGUUGCGCUGGAUACCUGAACCUCGAUACAGUGACGCCCCAUUUCCACACAUCAAAGACAUAAAGUUUCCCAAUGAAAGGAAACUGAUGAGAUCCUUCUCACAGGCUAAUAGGAUGUCUGCAUCUGAAUGGAGCUUUUAUCCAAACUUUGGACAGCCCAAGACCUAUCACACUGGAAAGAGAUGUUUUAUGGAUGGCAUUAAUCAUGCGAGAAGCAUGAGUUGCAAUUCAGAAAAUUCGCUGGAAUCAUCCAUGGGGAGGAAAAAGCAGGCCACAGACAAAUGCAGCAUCUACCCUUCAACAAAGGUCAGACCAUUUCUAGUUCCUGAGUACAGCCCUGACUUUCAUAAAUAUGAAUCAUCACUGCGCACAGCCACUUUUGGGUCCAGGCCUUUUGUCUCAUUUUUUCACCUAAAACCACCAACAAAAGAUAUCAGUGCACUGUAUGCGGAGAAACAUAAAAGUCGUGCUCGAGAUGAGGACAUUCUUGAAGUCAAGAGGCUGAGCAGCUGGAGACCAGCAAAAGACAUCUAUGACAGGACAGUUUUGCUGGACACCUAAUUUGUAAGGUUUCAAACCAUGCUUACAUACAUGUUGUUAUGUGAUGUAUUGUUAGUGUUUCGUUCUAGCAAAGUGUUGAAGCAAAUAAAAUGAUUUUCUUUCCUUCGACACUACCUUAUGGCU